CAGAAAACUGAAUCGGAAGAAUAUUGGACGGACGAUCGUCUGCCAAAUAGAAACAAAAUUUGACUUAAAUACUUAAUUAGUGAUAUUUUAUAUUAAAUUUCUACGUAAUUAAUUAUAAUUUACUCCGUUUUUAAAUAAGGUAAAAUCUAAAAAUUACUCCAUUACAAUUUUUUGCAACGAAAGUGUUUAUUGGCUAAGAAUUUAAAUGGGUUUACUAACAGACACAAGAGGUCAUGGGAAGCUAGCUUCAGUGUUAAUGAAGCACUGUAACAAAAUAUGCUUUCUUUGUUAUGUAUCUGGCAUUAUAUGGUUUGGUUUACUAGCUUGGGAACCAUCUAAUAAUAAAACAUACUUCUCUGAAAAUGCAUUACUUCCAGGACUUGUUCAAAGAGAGUAUAGUCAAGGAGGAGCAGCAAAUAUAUUGCAUGAGAGUUUACAGGAAGAAGCAAAAACUCAUUCUAGUUUACCCUAUGCCUGGUUGCAAGGACAGUUUCGUCAGUUAGGCUUGGAUGUUUACACCCAUAACUUUACUCUUCAUUAUCCAUUUGGUACUAGACCUAAUUACACUGGAAAAAAUUUGUAUGCUAUUCUUAGAGCUCCGAGAGCAGCAAGCACUGAAGCAGUAGUAUUUUCUACACCAUAUAGAGCUUAUGAUAGUAUUCAUCUCACUACAUUACCUGGUAUUGCACUUAUGAUAUCAUUAGCAAAAUUUUUUCAACGUCAUACUUAUUGGGCAAAGGAUAUCAUAUUUCUGAUAACUGAACAUGAAAUGGUUGGAUUUCAAGCUUGGUUAGAUGCUUAUCAUGAGACUCAAAGUGAUCCAAAUAUUCUUGACUGUGGAUAUUUAGAAGAAAAAAGUGGUUCCAUACAAGCAGCUAUUAAUUUAGAAAUUCAUGGAGAAAGAAUAUCUCAUUUUGACUUGAAAUUAGAAGGUUUAAAUGGGCAAUUGCCAAAUUUAGAUCUUGUUAAUCUUGCAGUUGAACUUUGUUCUAGGGAAUCUAUACCUGUUACUUUUCAUGAUCAAAGUAAUCCUCCAGAAUCAAUUACAUGGAAAGGGUGGAAAAAAUCUUUUAGAACAAUGCUUUCCAUGAUGCUUACACAGAGCACAGGGUUACCUUCUGGGGGUCAUGGACUUUUUCAUCGUUAUACAAUUCAAGCAUUAACUCUUGAAGGGAAAACAGAUGGAUCUACUCUAAUAACUUUUAAUCAUAUGGGAAGAGUAUUAGAAGGUAUAUUUCGGAGUUUAAAUAACCUACUUGAAAGAUUUCAUCAAUCAUUUUUCUUUUAUAUACUUCCUUCAACUCGUCGUUAUAUAUCAAUUGGCCUAUACAUGCCCCCAUUUGGUCUUAUAGCAGCUCCUGUUUUGCUUAAAGCUCUAUCUUUGUAUCUGUCAUUGGGAGAAUCAGAUGAUGACAAUAAAACAUCAGAUAUAUGUAAAACUUCAAAAUCGCAUGCUGUUCCACUUAUUAAGGAAGGACCUAGUUUAUGGUUAGCUUUGCAUAUUGUUGGCAUUUCUCAUAUAUUUGGGUGCCUAUUAUACAUAGCUCCAAAUCUUUUAGAUUUUGUUGGUAAAAAGUUGUUCUUAUCUACCGAAGAUGCAUUUUAUUAUGGAACAAUUACUGUAUUAGUUUACCCUCUCAGUUUUACACUGUAUGGGCGAAGACUAAUGGGGUUAACUCAUGAUCUGCGGAUUUAUCGGUGCGUUGCACUCCUUGAACUAGGUGCCUUUCUUUACACACUUUCCCUCAUUAAUAUAUCUAUGGCAACAGCUCUUUCAAUUAUUUAUGUUCCUGUUGCAGUAACUGCUGGAGGAGCUAAAAGCAGAUUUCUGUCUUGGCCACAUGCUGUUUUGCUACUACUGCUGCAUCCAUUCAUACUGAUUUAUUUGUGCUUGAUAGCAAAUUCAAUAUAUAUUGAUUCUACUGCUCCCAUAAGUGAACACUUGUCUCGGGCAUUGAAGGGACACAAAAAAGUUCUGCUGUUUACUAUUGAAGAUUGGUAUUUAUAUAGCAAUUGGAAUUACGCAAUGGCAUCAAUAUUUUUUCUACCAGCUUGGUUGAUGUUAUGGUUAUUACCUAGUGUGUAAAUAAAAAUUGUAAGAUAUUUUAAAAACUUUUAGAUAUAAUAUUUUAUUUAUAAAUAAAUUGUUAAUAAUUCAAUUACAUUAUGAAUUUAAACAGUACUGUAUCAC